GAAUUUUGAUUAUGCCUUUUGUUCGUGUACAAUACAACAGUGUUAUCGCACAUAUAGAUUAUUAAUGUUCUAUUAGAAGUGGGGAUGAUUAGCAAUAAUUAUGUCUACUCACGAAUUGUGUCAAUUAUUAACAAAUGACAAGAAUAAAACAAUCUGUUUUAGAAAGAAUUCCUACGUUAUAUAUUUUUUAAUGAAAUAAUUGUUUAUAUUCAUUUAAUACAAAAGUAUAAAAUAAAUUAUUUUACGUUGUUCGUGCAAGGUGACAUGGCUCUGUUUACCGUUCUUGUGGUUCUAUCCAUUUUUUCUUCAACAUACAGUACUGUACAUUUUCAACCUGAAUCAGUGCAUCUUUCAUAUGGUGAUAAUGUUCAUGACAUUGUUGUUACAUGGAGUACAAGAAAUGAUACAGGUGAAUCUAUUGUUGAAUAUGGUAUAGGAGGCUUUGUUCUAACUGCCACAGGAUAUUCAACUCUUUUUGUUGAUGGAGGAUCAAAAAAAAGGCAACAAUAUAUUCAUAGAGUUUGGUUGAAAAAUCUUACACCUGACAGUCAUUACAUGUAUCAAUGUGGAAGUCGAUAUGGUUGGUCAAAUGUCUUUUAUGUAAAGACUGCUCCUCAUAACUCUAUCAAAUGGUCACCACACAUUGUAAUCUUUGGUGAUAUGGGAAAUGAAAAUGCUCAAAGUUUAUCAAGGCUACAGGAAGAAACUCAUCGUGGCCUAUAUGAUGCUGCGAUACAUAUUGGAGAUUUUGCUUAUGACAUGAAUACUGAAAAUGCUAAAGUUGGUGAUGAAUUUAUGAGACAAAUUGAAGGAGUUGCUGCUUAUAUACCUUAUAUGACUGUACCUGGUAAUCACGAGGAAAAAUAUAAUUUUAGUAAUUAUAGAGCACGCUUUACAAUGCCUAGUAAUUCAGAAGGACUGUGGUAUAGUUUUGAUAUGGGUCCUAUACAUUUUAUAGGUAUAGAAACAGAAGCUUAUUAUUUUAUGAAUUAUGGAAUAAAACAGCUUAUAAAACAAUAUGAAUGGCUUGAUAAAGAUUUAGAAGCUGCAAAUAGACCUGAGACUAGGGCUCAACGUCCUUGGAUAGUAACAUUUGGACAUAGACCAAUGUAUUGCAGUAAUGCAAAUGCAGAUGAUUGUACCAAUCAUCAAAGCUUAGUUAGAGUUGGUUUGCCAUUGCUGAAUUGGUUUGGUUUGGAAGACUUAUUUCUUAAACAUAAAGUAGAUUUAAUGCUAUGGGCACAUGAACAUAGUUUUGAACGAACGUGGCCCAUGUAUAACUUUAAGGUAUACAAUGGUAGUUAUGAAGAACCAUAUAAGAAUUAUAAAGCACCUGUACAUUUGGUAACAGGAUCUGCUGGGUGUAAAGAAGGAAGAGAGAAGUUUAUUCCUAAUUCACCAGAUUGGUCAGCAUUUCAUAGUUCUGAUUAUGGAUAUACGCGUAUGAAAGCGUUUAAUAAGACACAUCUAUAUCUAGAACAGGUUUCUGAUGAUAAAGAAGGUGCUGUUAUAGAUCAAUUUUGGCUUGUAAAAGAUAAUUUUAUGCCGUCGUAUGAUCUAAAAGAAUUAGGUCUAGAAAAAAAUGAAGAAUAAUAAAAAUAAUAUUAGUAGAAAUUUGCAAAUAUGUAUACUUAUAUAUGAAUUUUUUUUAGAAGUGGUAUAAAUUCAUUUUCUUUUAUUUCGAGGUAUGUAAUAUCUCUUGCAUAUGUCUUGCAUUUUAAUAUGUCUAAAUAUUGUUAAAAGCUAAUAACCUUGUUUGUACUUUUAAAAUUUGAGGUAUGUUUUAUUAUAUCAUGUAGCAAUUUUGUAAAAUAUUCUCAGAGCGAAGCGGUGUUUUUAUUAAUAGCAAAUUUAUAUUUUUUUUAUGUGUUUAUUUUAAUGAACUUAUACCAAUUUCAAGAAUAAUAAAUUGCCAAAAUUGUGAAAUAAUACAAAAUUUAAAUUUAUAUUUUAAUUGAAGCAGACAAAUUUUAGAAUUACGUAGACUUUUCUGAAAUGUAAUUCUAAAAUAUAAAUAAUAAUAAUUAUAAAAUAUACGAAAACCAAAAGAUAUAUUAUUGAAUAUAAAAAUUUAUUGGUUUGGUAAACAUUUUUGAAAAUAAUUAUAAUUUAGUAAGAAAAGCUAUCAGAAAAAAAUUAGAAUAUAUCGUAAAGAAUAAUAUUAAUAACUUUUAUUCAUAUUUUAGUCUUCAUUUGGCUUCGUACAAAGUGUCCUGAAAUAUUUAUAAUGAAUUGGAGGUAUAUAAUGUAAUAAACUCAUAUUGCUAUAUUUAACUGAUAUUAUAGAUCUUGAAUUGAUACAUAAUGGCAAUGAUAUUAUUUUGGAGAAAUUUUUUGGUCUCAUUGUGCAGAUAAAUCUGGAAUUUAAAUUUGGCAUUUUCUUCUAUUAAUGUUUUGUACAAAAUUUAAUAGAAAUUGUUCCUUUUAAACCUCAUGCAACAAAUGUUUAGCCAAUUUAUAGUUUUUCUGUUAACAUAUAUCUUUCUUUUUAAAACUGUCUUUUUUAAAGAUUUUAUGAAACAAAUUCUUUAUAUUUUAUUUUAUAUAAAAGAAAAUUAAUUUGUUUUUUGACAUUGCUCUAUUAUUUUAUAAUAAUCCUGAGGUUUGUAUAACAAAUUUGUUUUCUUUUUUAGCGCUAUUUCUGCAACUCCAAAAUUUCAGUCAUUUAAUAAAAUUAAUGACCUGACAAUAAAAAUUUAUAAUCACAUUUACAUUAUUGUCAGAAUAAACAAUUUUUAACUAUAUUAAUGACAUGUUUAUAUUUUUGUUUUGUUUGGUGUAUAUGUCUGUCAUAUGAUCUUGAGUUGUAACAUUCUGAAUGUACUAUAUAAAUACAUCGUAGUUUUGAGUUAGGUUAGAAUCAAAGACAGUCAUGAUUUCCCAUAAUUAGCUCUGCGAAAACAAUAAAAAAAUUGAUUCAUUGUUGCAAAUAGACAUACCAAUAAAAAGAAAAAAAAAACAUUUGUGCAAUUCCA